AUGUCGAGCACAUUGAUGAAGGAAUGGGGUGAAAUAACGCUGAGUAAAAUGUCAGGCCAUUUCAUAAAAGGUCUGAAAAAUCCAACUGAUGCAGUUAAUGGUUUCAGACAAGACAGGGUGAUGGGACUUUACACCAAGUAUGAACCAGGAGGGGGGCGGUCUUCAUUCUGGUUUGUGCUUCGUUCUGGUUGCAGUGUGGCCAAUUAUUUGGAAAGAAGUUUGAGUGAAGGAAGAAGUGACGGAUGUGGGAAGAUGCUGGAGACCUAUAUCAAUGCCAAAAUUACUUGCUAUAACCUAGCUCUACCACCACCGGUCGUCCUGGAGUUGACUCGGACUCCUGGCAACCCCACGUGUACCCGAGUAGAACUGUGCUCCACAGGGCUUUCAGUGGCUGAUGUUUUGGAUGACAGACCUCCUCAUCCUAGGACCAGCAGGUGCCCUCCUUGGCACGGGGCAGACCUCCUCAUCCUAAGACGAGCAGGUGCCCUCCUUGGCACGGGGCAGACCGCUGUGUUUCUGCAGCUGCCUUCCGGCCAGCGUGGCUUCGUUGUCCCUCGGCGGGGCGCACACCGUCACCGUUCCCGCCUGUCCCGCUGGCCUCGCACAGGGUACACCCGACUGGCCCCUGGGACAACGCAGUCGGCAGCCCCUCUGAAGCUCCCUGGCCCACCGUCAGAUGCUGUACUUAGAGUGUCACCACGGCGAGGAGGCGGGAGAGCAGACGACGACGCCAAGACGGACAGUAACCGGCACGAGGGGCGCGGGCGGAGUCGGGAGUCGGGGAGACGGGCGGGGCUGGGAGCGGGAGGAGGACGCAGCGCGCGGGUGCGGAGGGGGGGGCGACGCACGGGGAGCGACGCACGGGGGCGACGCACGGCAGGCAGCGGGGACCGGCGUCGCCCGGAGGACGGCCGUGAGCUGCCGGGAGCCCGACCUGUCCGCCGUGGGCUCCGCCGCGACCAGUCCGGAGUCAGCCCCGACCGCGGCCAAGGCGGCGAGGAGCGGAGCCGGUGCCCGGAAAGCCCGGGAUCCGAAAGGAGCCCCGACGGCCAUCGGCGCUGUGACGGCCGUCUGUCUCGGGGAGUCCUGGAGUCCUCGCCGGACGGACGCGCCGGAGCCUUCAGGCUCGCUCGGUUCCUCGGGGGGCGGCCGCCCUGGCCGCGUGCAUCUGGGAGCGAGCCUGAGCGUCGGGGGCAGACUGCAAGCUCGGAACGUCAAGAUACACCAUCUGAGUCGCCAGAACUUAACAACAAUGAAGAGAAGUUUAGCAGAAGAUGGAUCGACCACCUCGUGGGCCGGGAAACUAACCUGAGACAGUACCAGCCGGAUAGUGAACUUCAAAAAGAAACUACUCAGGGCUCAGGCAAGGAACGGAACGCCCUGCAGUCGUUCUGCAACGACAAGAUAAACCUGAUCCGUGGUAGAGGGAACUAUAAGGAGGGAAGGAGGAGCAGAGGCAAAAAGGUGCAGCUUAGGCCGGAUGCGGGGGAUCCAGAGAUGGAGGCACAGAAACGGGCAGUUCCUGAUGAGCUCGUGAACAGAAUCUGCUUAAAAAACCUGAGGGCAACUCUAAAACAGGUGUCAGCAGCUAAGCAACACAUUUCUUCACAGUGUCACCACUGUAACAGGAAAAAGGCAGAGCUCGCCCAGUCUGCCUUCCUGAGGCAGAAGACGACUUUACUGGAAUCCCUUCUGCUCCAGCAGAAAAUAGAUGAGCACCUUCACACCACGGAUUUUCUCACCUUUAUUGGAGAAGCACACAAGAGCCUUCCCAGGCUGUCAGACGACCCCAGACUGAUCUGGAAAAGACUGACUGAGAAAAGUCAGAUCGGAUGCUCUGGUUGUGAAAAGUCAGAUACAGAGCAGAAGCUGUAGCAGGAUGGAAACAGCACUUGUCACAUUCACCUUUUUCUCUAGCACGUCUCAAGCCACUUACUCCAACCAAACAAGAUAGUGUUUCCUGAUGAUACUGUGUACUGUAGAUAACAGGUCCUGUUAUGCAUUUGAAUAAUUCCUAUUUCUGUAGGCACUCCGGAAACUAUCUUAAGGCUUUACUUUGUUUCCUUCACAGAUUGGAGGACUAAGAACUUUCCAUACAAUAUGUUUUUCGUAUUUUAGAGGACAACUUUAUAGCUGGAAUAGUUAGCUUUUGCAACAGUCGAGCAGCUGAUGGUAGUUUGCACUGGGGUCUUGGCAGUACACAUUGGGAAAAAGUAUAGCGAUGUAUGAGAUAAUUAGGAGGUAAUAACUGAUAGUCCUUGGUGAUGAAAUGGAUAUAAGGAUUUAAUAAAAGGUAAAUGUCAAUAAUGCUACCAGGUUUCUUACUUGUGCACCUGGGUGAAUGAUAAUUUCAUUAAGAUAAGAGCAUUGAAGACGAACAUGAUUGAUGGCAGUGACCGUGAAAGUGAUUAUUUGGACAUGAUUAACUUACAGGGUUGCUAUGAGUUGGAAUCGAUGGGACCCAACAACAUGUCUGAGGUGUAUGUGAGACGUCCGCAUUCAGAAGCCGAGGAAACAUUUGGUUAUUUUUCUUUCUGUCUGGAGGAAAGCUGUAGCUUAGAGAUUUGAAGUAAAGGGGCAGGAGGGAUUCUUGGUUUAUAGUUGGAAAUUGAAGCCAUAGGUGUGGUAAGCUCUUGUGGAAGUGAGUGAGUGAGAAGAGAAGUAGGGCUAGGACCAGCUCCUGAGGAAUUCCAACAGUUAAUGGCUGGGUGGAGGAGAAAAAGCCAGCAAUGGUGGCUGAGAAGAAAUGAUCACAGAAAGAUAAAGUAAAUAAUUACUGUGUAGUGUCACAGAGGAGCCCUGGUGGCACAGUGGUUAAGAGCUUGGAUGGUAACCAAAAGGUCUGCAGUUUGAGUCCACUAGCCACUCCUUGGAAAUCCUAUAGGGCAGUUCUAUUCUGUCCUGUAGGGUUGCCAUAAGUCGGAAUCAACUGGACUGCAGUGGGCUGGUUUUGGGCCUCUUCCUCCCCUUCUUCCUCUUUCUCUUCCUCCUUGUCUUCCUCCUUUUCCUUCAUCUCACCGCCCCAAGCUUCCUGUUUUUUAACACGACCACCAGUUCCUUCCUCUUUCAGUAUCUUCUGGACAUGACGUCUUAUUUCCAUCCCAUUACGGCUCUCCUUAUCAUCUCUGCCCUCCCAUGCCUUUUCUGUCCUCUGCAGUCCAUUUUCCAAACAACUGUCAGAAUUAUUUUUCUGAUAUUUUUCUGAUUGAACACAAAUCUGUUCAAUAAAUUCCCUUUAUUUAAAAAACAAAAACCUUAGUGGUUUAUCAGUGCUACAGAAAUGGUUCAAACCAAUUAUUGCCACUGGGUGUUCUUUUAUAUCAAGCCUAAAUUUAGCUUUCUAAUCUCUUAUUCUCCUCCCCCACAACCAAGUAGGAAUCGUCGACUUGAGGGCAACAAGUAUAUUCAGACUGAGGAGCACUUGGGUGGCUGAAGUGAUUUGUGAUCAGCUGCCAACCUAAAGGUUGACUAUUUGAACCUGCCCAGCAGUUCCAUUGAAGAAAGACUUGGCAAUCUGCUUCCAUAAAGAUUACAGCCAGGAAAACCAUAUGGAGCAGUUCUACCCUGUAACACACGGAGUUGCCAUGAGUCUUGCAAUUCUCUCAGCUCUCUUGAUCUUUUGCAUAUUACGGUUUACGUGUACAUAUUUGACUCAGAGUCUCUUAACUGCCUUUUCCAGCUUGUAGACUUGUAAACCAGCCUAAAAUCUCACCUUUUUUGCACCUAUCCCAUAUUACCUGAUCAGAAUUAAAGGCUGUAGCCUGUUUGUUUUUAUGGCAUGAAUACAAUUUUAUAUUAUAGCACUGUAUCUUAAUUAAUGUGCUUUUCACUUUUUCUUGAUAGCCAGCAACUCAGGAGUGAAGACUCUUACACUAUAGCCAAAGUGCUUAGCCCAGUGCCUUGCAUGUGAUGGUGUGCAGUGUCUCACGGAUGCAAAAAUAGGUGCUUCCGAACAAUGAGGUUUAAAAUAUCUUUUGCACCAACAGAAGAAAACAGUCUGCUGGCAUACUAUUAUCUGUCAAUGUUUUGCCCUGUGUAGCUGUUUUCUGUAAUUUUUAUCCCUUCCCAGGUUGGAUUUCCUUUAAAUGUGUACUUUUUUUUUUUUUUCCUUAGUGGUAAAUUAGGGCAAAGGUUUUUGGUGAGACAUCUUUCCAGUAAUAUAGAGCUAAUCAAUACAGUAUUCAUUUUUAAGAAUUAAAUUUAAAAAAGACAGUUCUAUAUAAUUCACAUGUUCAGAAAGAAGAUAUGUAUUUGAAUUGAAUUUUAAAAAUGAUUAAUGACUUUCUGGAAUUUUGAAAUGAAAUAAAAGUUCUUGAUGCUCAAGCUUGAAAAGAUUUUUUUGCCUUUGAAUAAAUUCAAAAGGAAUAAAUAUCCUUACUGCAAGCUUUUUCUGGUUGCAGCCAAGAGAUUUCCAUUCAGCUGGAAUGAAAAAGCCCAUCAGAUCAGCUGUUAAGAAACCACAUAUCUCCCCGAUGCGCAAAAACAUAUCUGGCAACUUGGCACACAACUAUUUAAAUAUGUAAUUUGUGUAACUGGGAUAAAUUAUGCAAAUAUGCAGUUCUUUAGAUAACGUUUUCUCGUCUAGAUUUUCCAUCAAAUAAAAUCAGUCUCUGCAUCCAGAAGGAAACCCACGCAUUUAACAAACAUAAUAAUGACGCCGUGGGGACAGAAGGAGCGAUGCACCGGAAUAAAAGCAACUUCAGUCCUUGGCGUCUGAAUCAUUUAAUCCCAGUCUUAGAGCUGUUAGGAGUGUUUGGGACACCCAGCUCUGGAUACCUCCAAUUAUAAUCAUGUUAGUUUAUUUCACCGUGAUGCCUAAUAUAGUAACUCGGCUGAAUCUGCAAUAACAUAGCUAAACAGGUUGCGAAGAAGUGGGGAUUGCGGCUCUAUGUGGGUGUGGUUUUUCCCCAAUUCAGUCUGGAAUUGACAGAUUAAAAAAUACAUACAAAAAUAGUUAAUCUAAGAAAUAGAAUAUGAAAAUAGUUUCACUUCUGUUCUCAACUGAUAAUGCCCUUUGGAACAGAGAAAUAAGAUUGUUUUCCGAUGUGGAGCAGACUCAAAUUACAUUGAAAAUUGCUUCUACAAAUUUUUUCAAUGGCUCAAAUAAUCUGAAAAUCUAGUUUUUAGGAACCCACUGUUCGUUGAGGUAUUGACUGAGGUUUCGGGGAAAGUAUGCUGUGGUCAUUCCACCCGAAAUUGCUUCAGCUAUUGAGACUCAUGAUGCCGCACACACACUAAGAGGGUGUGAAAAGGUUUACUAGUCUCACGGUGAGGCUUUCUGAGCAGAGCAGGGAAAGGACAGAAGACUGACUUGGCUUGUACUGUAAUUAGGGAGUGGAGCUGACUUGAGGAUUCCCACAGGGGCAACUUAUGACCACCGUGAGUCUUCCAGAGACUCCAGGAAGCAUGAGAGGAGGUGGCAGAAGCCUCUGCAGUGAAGGGUUGAAUCUCUGGGGAGCCGAGUGAGUAGGGGAGCACUGAUGGUAGUGCCUGUUGAAUUGCAGUUUUAGGGCCUUUUAUUAUUUUAUUAUUAGGGGUCCCCAUUCAACGUGGGCCGGCUUAUGAGUAACAGCAUAAAUAGUCCUAAGCAAAAUUCGUCAAUGAUGAAUACGUUUUCUAGAUCCCCAAAAUGGCCUAGGAAAUGUUGGGCUUAUUUUAACACUGUGGGUUCUAAGAGAAUCAACUACUGUUUCCUGACGGUGUCAGAGAUCAGAGGCCCUCAGCUUACCGAAUCAUUUUUAGGUGGCAGGGCAAUGCUCGUACCCUUUGUGAGUAUUUGUAAAUUCUGAUUGAGUUUGUCAAAUGGAUCUCCUCAGAGGAGGAUAUCGUUAGUGCGAUGUCAAAUCUGUGUUCCUGGACUAAGUCGGAUGUGCUUAAGAUUUUGCCUGCAAAGACUGUGUGCGGUGGUAGGGAUGCUGAAGUACCCACGUGUAGCUGGGUAAAGGCAUAUUGUAUUUUUCUGAAGAUGAAGGCAAACUGUGGCUGAGAGGCUGUUGAAAUAGGCCAUCAAUACAACAUAUUAGCAAAAUCUGCAAAGUAUUAACAAAAACUGCAAAGUAUUUACCAGUUGCUGUUUGGAUGGAGUAAAUCAUUUUAAUAACAUUGGGUUUGGGGACCUUUGUGGGGGGACCAUAGCAUUAAGGUUGCUAUAAUCCACAUGAGACACCAUUUAUUCUUUCUAGGUUAAAGAACAGGCCAACUUGGGCUGUUAAAUGGAGAAGCAGCAGGGAUAAUCGCCCCUUUUCUGAAUGAGUCUUGUUUAAUGGGUUUCAACCCUUGAAG